AUGGAGACUGGGCCUAUUGGUCAGCAUGGAGCACUUGCAGGGAGGGUCGGAAAAGCCAAAGCCACUCCUGCAGUCUACCAGUCCCUUCAAGAGGCAGGAACUGAGGGGCUGGCUACCAUUUUGGAUGAGGAGAGCUCGUGGUGGACAACACAAAGUUUUUGCCAAAAGGUUCAAAGUCGAACAUACCCAAAGGACCCGUGCAUUUUUUCACCAGGCAGAUACUCUUCAUCUUCAACCGCUGCUCAGGCGUCACUCACGCGGCAGAAACUCGGCAGGCAACAGGAAACUCCAACAAGAUUGGGUCAAUUUAAUUAUAGUCCUGGCAGUUCUACAACAGUAAUUGAAAGAAGAGUCAUCAGAGGUUUUCAAGGCAAAAAAAAAGAGGAAGAGGAGCUUGACCAAGCACAGAAUGGAGCAGAUGCCAUCAAUGCUUCAGAGCAGGAAGAUCGAAAGAUGCCUUUCAAAACACUGGAUUUAUCAAUUGUCCUUGAAAAUGAGUUGGGGACAUUUGUCAAAACUUGGGUCAGUGCACUGACUUUUUGGGCUACUUUAUGCCCUUCACAUCAGCUACCCAAAGAAGCUGAUACAUUUUCUUUCUUUUUUUGAGGUCAUACAGUAAAUGGUGUUGCAUCUUGAUGUUGGCAAUGUCUGGCCAAGUUGAAAAUAUCUUUUGAUUGAAUAGUUUCAUUUAUAAAUACAAAGUGUUUCUGGUGUUUUGUUACAGUAUUCGUUCUGAGAAUUUUCUCCUACAUGCAUAUAUUUCUGCAGUGUGCAUUGCAUAGCCCACUUGUUUCUAUUUUUUGUU